CAAAGUGUUGAGCGCGGGACGGACUGGCUUUAGCCCACACCGCUCUUCCUCUGUCCAAGAGAAGAGCCCAAACCCUCUGCUGUGAGGCGCUCACACUCAUCCCAACCAAUAAUGUGAAAAUCAGACGGAAACGUUUGUCAGAUGUUUAAACUCAUCGUCGCUUCAUUGUACUUGAGUGCCGUCUCUUUUCAACCCUGUCACACAGUUUGCAGCCAGGCUACAGUAGGCUAUCCACAAGGAUACCUGGUGUGAGAUGCGGCAAUGUCCCGAGGAAUAUGCCCACGCGUGAACUCUUGCGGAUCCUUUUGGAUUUUGUCGGCGGUCGUAUUUGCGGUGAACGUGAUCGACGUGGACGCGUACAGCUGUCAUGAAGUGAGGACCGCUUUCCAGCUGCGGCAGGUCGGGCCGCUGCAGCGCGUACCGGAGACACCUGUCGCAGAUAUGGAUCUGUCGGUUUGUAAGCACCAGGGCCCGUCCUGCUGCACCCGGAAGAUGGAGGAGAGCUACCAGUUGGCUGUUAAAAGAGAAACCCUCCACAACAUUCAGUCGUACAGCUAUGAGCUUGAACACCUCAUUUCUGGCCACUCGGAUGCCUUCCAGGAUAUGUUCCAGUACCUUCUAUCCUUCUCCCAGGGUCAUCUGAGCUCUCUGUUGGAGGGAACCUACUCCUCCAUGUCCCGCCACGCCCUUCCUCAUGUUAACCAACUCUUCUCCUCACUAUCCCUCUACCUCCGCGGGGCCAAUGUCUCUGUGGAGGCAUCAGUUCACCAAUUUUUUAACAACCUCUUCCCACUCGUCUACACGCGGCUCAUUAAUCCAGGCAUCGAGGGCGGUGCGAUGAUGGGCAAUGAGAUGGGUGACUGUCUCCGUAUGAUCAGGCAGGACGUCAACCCUUUUGGGCCUCAUCCAGCCGUCAUGGCCCAGGAGCUGGCUGGGGCGUUGGGAGCCGGGAGACAACUAGGCCUGGCUCUGGACGAGGGCCUGGAGGUGAUGAAUGCCACCGAGCACGUCAGCAUGAGCAAAGAGUGUGUAAAGGGCCUGGUGAAGAUGGUGUACUGCUCCCACUGCAGAGGCUUGACACUCAUCAAACCCUGCGUGGGCUACUGUCUGAAUGUAAUGCGAGGCUGCUUGGCCAGCGUGUCGGAGCUGGAUCAACCUUGGAGGAGGUAUACCAGCCUGCUGGAGCAACUAACCCACGCCAUGGCUGGGCACCACAGUCUGGAACUAGCCCUGCUCGGGGUUAGGGGGCACGUUAAUGAGGCCUUGCUCUAUGCACAGCUCCACGGUCCACUCAUCACUGCCACAGUGGACAAGGUGUGUGGCCUCUCUACCAGGGAGCCUACAAGCAUGCGACCUACUAGCCCAGAGGUCACAACCUCUACCGUGACCUCAUCGUCUCUUCCUCCAUCUGCUGCCCCCUCGCAGCCUCCACCAGAGCAGUGGCUGGGGCAGUUAGCCCACUUGAGGAGCUCGUUUCCCCUGAAACCCUCCAAGAACAAUAAACAUAGUCUGAGAACACUCUCUAGGGAGUUCUUGAUGUACUUGCAGCGCUACAAGUCUUUCUUUGCAGCGUUGCCAGAGAUGCUAUGCGAAGGGGAGAAUGUGGUGGAUGAUUCCACGUGCUGGAGCGGGGACGAGGUGGUGGAGAGCUAUACAGGCAGAGUUGUAGGAAACGGUCUACAUGCCCAGAGGCAAAACCCAGAGGUCAAAGUUCGCAGCCCGAACCCUACCAUGGCUGAGGUCAAGGAGAGGUUGGAGCGCUUCAACCAGGAGACCCAGGAGAGGUUUCCAAAACUGGGCCAGAUGGAGGCUUGGGAUGAACUGGGCAGCGGGGAAACAGAAGAGGGCAGCACCACAGACUGUGAUGAUGAAGAUGGAUGUCAAGCUUCAGGAGACGGUCCAGUCCAGACCUCACACACAGAAGCCUCCAGUGAAGGAAAACCCAUUGGGAGACAGCCUGGAGUUGACAGCUCACAUGAGAACCCAUCUAAGCCCCCCUCAGUGAGGGUGAUAGGGGGCUCGUCGUCUGCCAGCUGGGCACGACCCUGGAGCCUUGCACUGCUCUUUGCUGCACUUUGCUUGCAGUGGACCCUGUUCUGAUGCCAGCGCCCUCUGUGAAAUCCCCCACCGACCCUGCCCCCUUUUAGGAACCACAUACAUGCACAGAGACACUCAUAUCAUAUACAUAUCACGCAUAGUAUCCUUACUCCUGUCCUCAACAUACGUGAAUGGAUGGUAACGAGGGAAGAAUGGAAAACAAGUGAAGGUGUGGAACAGGAGAGUACAACGUUGUAGGAGACUGUAGACGAGGGGGCUCUUGCAAGAACAUGUUGUCCUGCAACAACACCGAUGUGGGUGUUUGCACAAGCUAAUCUCAUGCACGCUCAUCUACAAAGAUUAGGCUGGCUGCUUCUUCUGGGCUGUUUUGGGGCUAGAUGUUUGUGUAUACAGACAACAAUACAGCCCCACCACUCACACAAACACACCAUUUGUAGUUCAGAAUGGGACUGCAGCAUUCUGAUUUUACUUAAAAUCGCUUACACAUACGCACCAUCGCGUACAAGUUUCACAUAUACAGUAGAAAUACAGCUGUCUUCUUUUUCUGCUGUUGGUUUUUACUUAUCCUGUCAGGCUAAAAACCUCAUCACGGCCACUGCACCAUUUGCCAGCCAGGCAGAAGAAUUCAGCUCAUUUGAAAAAAAAAAAAAAAACUCAACUCAUUUUCUUUUCGAGGAUUAAGGAAUGCAUGAUAGAUUGAUAGAUCAAUCCCCGGUGCCUGGCCCAGAACAGCAGAUUUGAUAUACUCUAAUGACUGUGUACCUUGGCGGGGAUUAGAAUGUAAUGAGUUCACAGGUAGAGCACGGGCACACUUGCACGGCGGAACACACUGUGCAGACAAACUAGGUGUGUAUAGUAUGUAACUGUAUAUAGGUGGAAAGAUUUGAUGGAGUGUAUGAGGUUCUGAUUCAACAAAAAGCUCUUAACUGAUUGAGCUGAAUGAGGUUUUCUUUUAUUUUCCUAUAGCUAUGAAUGGACUGGGCUUGUCUGCUCCAUACUACAUAUAAAACAAUGCAAAAAAAUACCUAUAGAGAUUUAAUUUCUGUAAGAACUAUAGCAGGAAUGCACAUCAUUCUCCAACUCAAGCCAUUGACAUAAAUGGAUACAUUUUGGAUGUUUGAAGCCUGUACAUUGUUGAUUUAUCUAAUGUUUAUUGUGCAUCCAGUUUUGUGUGUUUGCUCGUUGAAUUGCACAUUAAUGCAUGUUUACCAACCAAGUUAUCAAAAAUGUUAUGGUAGGAUCAGGCCCUUCUUCAACCGGUUCAAAUGUGAUCACGCAAUAAAUAGGCAUUACCAACAGUUAUCAGCCUCAUAGGUACGUGUAGAAGGGGCCUGCUACACCUUCAAGUAGGUUCAGCAGCUCGUUGUCAGCCUAUUAAGUGAGCUGCAAUAUUAACUUUUAUUGUUUGGUGUCGACCUUUUAGUGCCUGUAGAGAUUCUUACAAGAGCAAAGAAGAAAGUGACGUAGUAUAAGGAGCGGCAUUGUCCGCGCAAGAAAGAAGGUUGAGGUGGUUGAUGGCAGUACUUAUACCCAGGAUAUUUGGGUUUGCAACAUGUGAUGAAACUCAAAGUUUGCAAUGAAAAGUAACAUUAUAAGUCUUUCAUGUGUCAUGUCCCAAUGUGCGUAAAUUCAGUAACGUAUUAUAUUUAAUCCAAACCUUUUUUUUUUUAUUUUGACUACACUAAACCAUGUAGUUCCUUUUUUCUAAAUUUAACCAUACAAUUUUGGCACUGAUAGCAACCUUCUGCACCUAUAGUAGGCUAAACAGGCACCUUUUAAUCCAUGUUUGAGGCUGAUGUUAACUGAUAACAGCCAUUUAAUGGGCUGAUAACAAUUGAAAUGAAUGCCUUAUUUGAGGAAGCAUCAAAAAGUCAUAUAUUGCCUUUUUCAGUACAUCUUGCUCAUGGUGUAACGUCAGGUUUUAUCUUCCUCUCUCAAAUGACAGUUUGGAACUUGAAAGCCAGAGGAAGGUCUGGCUGCAGGUCCAACACAUGCAGAUUCAGAUAAGAAUUAACAUAUACACAAAAAUACAUGUAGAAUAUAUUUUACAACGAUGGGUGCAACCUUUUUUCCGCUAUAUAGAGGUAGCCAUUGUGUAAGCCCCUCUUCAUGGAUUUAUCAUACAUUUUGCCAAAUAAGCUCUAAUGUCACUUCACUCACUCUUAAGCAGACCAUUCCUUGGAAUUCCAACAAAAUAAAAGCAAAUCCUUGUUUAUUUUAAAUGAUUCCUCAUGGGGAUGGAGCAAAAGGGAAGUUAAACAAAAAAAAAAUGUGUGACUGCUAUAAUGGCUUUUUCUGUAUACCUGUUUCCUCUCUUCUGUAGAUGAGGAUGGUUAAUGUACCGGUACAGUAAAGUACCUGUGUGAAUGAGGAAGAAUGUUUGGUCAAUGCUAUGCAAAUACAGUAUUAAAUAAUGCCUAGAAGCUACACAGAUACAGUAUCUAAGCUAAAUAGGUCUAUACACUUACAUGGGUCUAUGUGCAGUGAAAUACCUCUUCCAUUAACUAGUGUUUAUUGUAAACAACUCUUCCUCUCCUGACUGAAAAGUAAUUUACCAUUGACUCUGCCUAAAAGUGGAAGAAGGAUGACCCGCUUAACUACUUGCAUAUACAUACAAUUAUACAUUAAAUAAUUGCAGUUAAUGAGGAAUGGCAAUGACUGCAGCUAUGUUAGGUUUUAGCUGUUUAAAUGUGUCACAUCUUGUGUUCUGUAACCACAUUUGUUUAGUUCAUAUGAUUUGCUCCAUGUAUGUUUUGUCCAUGACUGUCGUUCAUCCCACAGAUCACUUACAGCCCUUUACCCUCGCAUGUGUAUAAAUGUACAUAUUUUAAGUCACUCUGCAUUUGUUUUGUGUCUCAUUUCGCCUCUUUUGUAUCAGUCUGAUACAGUGCAGCCGAGCUCUAUUAAAGGUGCUCUGCUUUGUC